AUGACUUUGCAGCCUAGCUCCUCUUCCACAGGCGAUACUGAGUACGUUCCUAAGGGGACCGCUAUUGAAGAAUCAAGAGAAAGCGUAGACUCCCAAUCUGAGGAUUCGCUCCAUGGUAAUUCACCUCAACUAUCACCAAUCAAAGAAGUAAAUCUCAAUGAUAAGAUUCCAACUCCACCUCAUUCUUCCACUCACACGUCCAUUGACAUUAUUAUCACACCUUGUCCACCUCAUUUAACUAUUCCCGUUUCCACCCCUAUCUUCAUUGAUUCAACCAUCGCUCCUACUAUCUCCAUCCAACCUUUUGUGUGUGUGAACGUACCUGAUAUGGGGGCUGAACCUUCAAGUCUUUCAACUCAUCUUUCACCUCCUAUUUCCCAUAUUAUUCAUGAUGAGCCACACAUGGUCUUCUGUGAUGAAAAAGACGAAGAUAUUGAAGGUUUUACUUACAGUCCCUUCAAAAUUAGGAAUGAGAAGGAUGAUGUGGAACACGUAGUAACAUGGCAAAUUCAAUCUCUACAUGAAAAGAUUGACCAACUGCUUCAAUCUACCAAAGCCUCAUCCCUUGACGAUUAUGCCAAAUCAUCUGUUGAGUCUCUCUUUGAGCACAUCAUGAAACAACAUACUACUUUUGUUGAAACCUCAAGUAAAAUUGUUGCUGAUUAUGCUGAGGUUUGCAAGUCUACGACCGAGAAAGUCGAUAAAAUAAUUAAGAAGACCAUUUCCUUCAUGGAAAACUUCCAAACCACCUAUAAUUCCAACACUACAUUCUCUAAUGAAGCAUUGAAGAGUUUGGGAUCUCUCUUCAAGAAUGAAAAGACAAAACUCCAAGAGCUUCCAUCUGGUCUUAAAACUGACCAUGAGUACUUUCAAGCCCCUCUUUCGUCUCAUCUUUCUCAGCUUAAAGACAAACUUGAGAAGGAAAUCUCUCUUAAGGAUUCUCUCACUCUUAAAACCGAAGAAGCCAAGGUGUCAAGCACCAGACAUGAAGCUUUGUAG